CCCGGUGAGUCACGGGAGAGGCAGCGGCAGCGUGAGACCCGUAGGGAGGGCAACACAUCCCUGGCUCCCCCCGCUCCUGUUCCCCCAACACCUACCCCGGACAUGAGGCUGCUGCGGGGAAGGAGCUGACCCUGCACCGCGUCUGCCCAGCCCCAGCUGCGCCAUGGCCUCGCAGCCGCAGCCCCUGCGCCCGGCUCUGCCCGUGGGCACCGGGCUGGUGCCUGGCAGCCCUGAGAAAGGCACCGCUCGGCCCAAGCCCCCCGUCCGGCCCAAGCCCCGUGUGCCGCCCAAGCCUGCAGUGCCAGCCAAGCCCUCCCUGCCCGUGCCAGGGCCGCGGCACGCCUGCCCGGAGCUGCCCUCGGCUGAGAAGAUUAACCGCCUGGCUGGGCCCCAGCCCUAUGGGGGGCACAGCUCUGGGGGGCCCCUCCGGCGCCCCUCCUUCACCAUCAAGUCACCUGAGACCCACAACGGGAAGGGGCUCAUGUCCCCUCCGGCCACAGCCACAGAGGACCUGACCCCAGGCCCCGCUGGGCAGCUGCCCCCCACCCCACCGACCCCCUCCCGCAAGGGCCCGGCUUCCUUCAAGGUGACGCCGGUGCCGGUGGCCACCAAGCCAGAGCGGUUCCCUGGCACCACGGUGGAGGAGAUCCUGGCCAAGAUGGACAGCAGGGAGGGCCCAGGGAACCCUGAGCGAGCCAGGCUCUCCCCCUUCUGCGCUGACCCCUCCCCUCGCUUCGGCUCCAAGACCUUCACCGCCUUCCGCAGAUGUGCCAGCGGGGAGGCAGGCAGAGCCCCCUCCGGAGCCCCCUCCGGAGCCCCCCAGCGUGCGGCGGGCGAGCCGGGCGCGGCGGGUGACGGGUGCUCGGUCACCGAGACGAGCGGCUCCCCCCCGGCCGGCCCGAGCUGUGCCGGCGACUCCCGCAGACGCCGGAGGCUGCCGUCCCCUCCUGACCUCUCUGCUCUCCAACCAGGCACCCUCGGACCCCCUGGCUCCCCACGCCCCCCUGCCUGCUUGACCCCAGACCCUGCCCCGGGAGCUCCUUUCCAGCCUGCCAAAACCCCCACCUCAGCCCCUGGCUCUCCCAGUGCCCCCCCGGAGCUCCUGCCCCCCGGCUCCCCAACCCUGGCCCCCAGCUCCCCGGGGCCCUUGGCUCAGCCCCCAGCCCCAGGCGCCCCCUCCUCCACGGCCAGCCCCCCGCUGGGCACAUCUCGUUCCCCUGGCUCCCCCCAGACUCCUGGAGAGGGCUCCCCCAGCCCCCCCAGCACCCCCGAGCUGCCCCCCAGAGCCACCUGUGCCCCUGGCUCCCCCGAAGCUGCUGCUCAGCACCCGGCCCCCCCCAGCCCCCCCCCGGCUAAAGCCUCUUGCCCCCCCGGCUCCCCGGAGGGCCCUGGUGACCCUGGUGACCCUGUGCUGUGCCUCCAGCCGCCCCAGCAGGCAGCGCCCCCCCCCCAGGACGCGGGGCUGCGGCGCGCCUCGGAGGGCGUGCUGCGGCCCCCCGCGGCAGGGCAGGGGCUGGGCGCCCUGGGGGGCUCGCUGGGUGCCCUGCCCCGGGCUGGGGACCUGCUGCCAGAGCCCUCCCUGGGCAGUGAGUCUGGCUGGAGCCUUUCCCAGUCCUUCGAGUGGACCUUCCCCUCCUGGGGGGCUCGGCUGCCGGCGUCCCCCCCGCAGUCCCCCAUCCCAGAGGUGUGUGGCUCGGGGUCUCCCGGGGGGCAGAGGGACACGGCCCCCAGCUCCCCAGGGGACAGUGGCUCUGAGGGGGCUCCGUGCCCGGGGGGUCCUGUGGCCCAGCGCGAGGCCGAGGGCUCGGCGGAGGAGGACGAAGGCGACGCGGAGCAGGGCGGCACCGAGCUCUGCUUCCCGCUCUGCGUGGCAGAGCCUGACCAGGACCCAGCCGCCUCGCCGGGUCCAGCCCCCACCGACGGCUCGGCCGCGCCCUGGGCGCCGGCGGACGCCUGCCCGGUGAGCCUGCAGGGCCCCGGGGGGCCGUGCCACGCCGAGGGCCCCCCGAAGGACCACGAGGGCCAAGCCGACCCGGGCUGGCUGACGGAGCUGCUGGCAUCGCCCCGGGCCCGCGCCGCGGGACGCAGCUCCGCCCGCGCGGAGGCGGCGCAGGACCUGCUGGGCUGGUCACGGAAGGACCUGUGCAGCGAAUUCGGCAUUGGCAGAGCUCAGCACCCUGGCACCUUCCCCUGGGGCCACGAGGAUGCAGCCAGGGAGGGAGAGUGGCCUGGAGAGACGGAGCAGGACCAGGAGUUUGGGGCUAAAGCAAGCUGGGACAGCCCUGGCAGCAGCAGGGACGGGGACCAGCCGGCCAGGCCCUUCGGCGGCGCCAGGAGUGACUGGCACAGUGGGUAUGGGGCAGAGCUGGCAGGGGAGGCGAGGCUGGGCCCCGGCCGCUGGCCCCCGUCCCACGGUGUGGGGCAAAGCUGCCCGCGGGACCCCGACCUCGGCGCUGGCAAACUGGAGUGGGGCACAGGCUGCGGCUUGGGCAGCAGGGAGGAGAUCGGUGCCAGGCCUGUGGACUGGGGCAGCAGCCACAGCAUGGGGCACAGGCAGCAGCAGGAAGGGCAGCACAGCUGGGCCAGCAGCUAUGGCCCCAGGCACCCCCAGAGCCAGGAUGGGGAGAGCACUGCUGCCUGGCCUGCUGAGUAUGGCACAGAAAUGAAGGACCAGGAGCAAACCCCGGGCUGGGCCAGCAAGUACAGCAGCAGGGAUGCCAAGGGCAAGGAUUUGACGCUGGGCUGGGCUGGCAGGUCCAGCACUGGGGAUACUGGAAGCCCAGAGCAGGAGCUGAGUCCUAGCAGAAGAGGCUGGGACAGGCAGUACAGCAGCAGGGAGAUGGAGAGCCAGGACCAGGAGUUCAGCCCCAGCCGCCCAGCCCAAGCCAGCCACCAGCACAGCACCAUGAGCAUGGAGACCUGGGACAGAGAGAUCAGGCCUGGGCGACUGGCCUGGGACAGUGAGGGCAGCAGCAGGGACAUGGAGAGCCAGGACAGGGAGUUCAGCCCCAGCAGACCAGCCUGGAGUGACAAAUCCAACACUGGGGACAUGGGGAGCCAGGACAGGGAGUUCAGCCCCAGCCAACCAGCCUGGGAUGACAAAUCCAACACUAGGGACAUGGAGAGCCAGGACAGGGAGUUCAGCCCCAGCAGACCAGCCUGGAGUGACAAAUCCAACACUAGGGACAUGGAGAGCCAGGACAGGGAGUUCAGCCCCAGCAGACCAGCCUGGAGUGACAAAUCCAACACUGGGGACAUGGAGAGCCAGGACAGGGAGUUCAGCCCCAGCAGACCAGCCGAAGCCAGAGAGCACAGCACUGGAGACAUGGAAACCUGGGACAGGUCGUUUGGCCCCAGCAGGUCAGCCUUGGGUGACAGAUGCAGCACCAGGGACAUGGAGAGCCAGGACAGGGGCAUGGAGACCUGGGACAGCAGAUUCAGCCCCAGCAGAUCAGCCUGGGAUGACAGAUACAGCAGCAGGGACGUGGAGAGCCAGGACAGGGAGUUCAGCCCCAGCAGGUCAGCCUUGGGUGAUGGAUGCAGCACCAAGGACAUGGAGAGCCAGGACAGGGAGUUCAGCCCCAGCAGGCUGCCCCAUGCCAGUGGGCACAGGUCUGUGGCCACUGGGAAGGGAGAGGCAGAGCCUGGCCCCAGCCAGCUGAGCUGGGCUGGUGGCUGUGGUGUUAGCCAGGCUGGGCUGGGCCAGGCCUUUGGUGCCAGGAGGGACUCGCUGGGCUCCCAUGUCCCAGGUGCCAUGGGGCAGGAGCCCAGCUGGGGCAGUGCCUGUGGGCAGGAGCACGAUGCCACCAAGAGCAGAGACUGGGCUGAAGAGCUGGGAGCAGCCCAGUGCCACAACCAGUUUGGUGCCAUGGGGAUGGAGCAGGUGUUGGGUUCCUCUGGUGCCAUGGUGCCACCGGGUGGCUCCGGGGCCUGGCCCAGUGGGAUGAGGUCUGGGGCCCAGCAGGAGCCCCUGGAAGACUGGCACGGGGACCUCUCACUUGGCACCAGCCAGGACCUAUCCUCCAGCACCUCGGGUGCCCCCAGCCCCCUGGGCAGCAGUGAGGUGAGGCCAGGCCAGGCCUCGGGCGAAGGCGGCGGCGCCAGGCCGGAGGAGCUGCGCCGGAGCAGGGAGCUGCAGGAGGCGGAGGCCAGGCGCCAGGAGUGGGCAGAUGCCUUCAGUGCUCGCUGUGCUGCACGGAGCCAGGAGCCCAGCAGCGGGCAGCAGAGCCCAGGAGGUGCCACCAGCACAGGGCACAGAACCACCCUUCUGGACCCCAGCCCACCAAGGGACAGUGCCCUGAUUGCCCUCCAAGCCACAAAGCACCCCCAGAGUGAACCACCCAGCCCCACUGAGGAGCAGAGGGAUCCCCCAGAGCCUCCGCCGAGCGCCAGAGCCUCCCCUGCAGGGCUGCAGGCUGCCAGCGGGACCCAGCUGGACACAGGGAGCGAAGGGCCCCCCUUGGACCACCCUGAUGGGGAGAGACCACCCAGCUGGGGGGAGAAGAGGCUCUCCCUGAGCACCUCCCAGCCCGAGGCAGCGCUGGAACCCCCCGGGCAGGAGUUCACCUUCCUGGAGGACACCGAGGUGCUGGACAGCAGCAUGUACCGCAGCAAGGCCAGCCUGGGCCGCAAGCGCCCGCACCGCGCCCCCGCCCUGCGCCGCGCCAGCGCCGAGGGCGACGCCUGGAUCUUCCGGGACUCCACCGAGCCCCCUGCCCCCCGCCCGGCGGCGUCGGACGAGGAUGAGGAGGUGCCGGAGGAGCCCAGGAGCCGCCGCGUGCGGCCGUCCCCGGGCAAGGGCGGCAAGGUGCCGCUGUUCCCCGGGCUCAGCACCGCUGCUCUCAAGGCCAAGCUGCGGGGCCGCAACCGCUCUGCUGAGGAGGGGGCAGCGCCAGGGGACAGCAAGGGAGCCCCUGCCAAGGACCCCCAGGUGCAGCGCUCCAAGUCCUGCAAGAUCCCCGGCCUGAGUGGGAAGCCCCCGGCCCUGCCCCCCAAGCCUGACAAGUCCUCAGGGUCUGAGGCCUCUGCCCCUCACUGGCUGCAGGCGCUGAAGCUGAAGAAGAAGAAGCCCUGAUGGGGUGAGUGUGGA